AUGAAUUCCCCUUUUCGUAUAUCAUCAGCUCGAAGAUCGUCUGGAUGUAGGAGUGAAUGCAAAUAGCAUUUCUUUACAACUAAUAAAUUGAUUCUUAAAUAGCCCAAAGAUAAAGAAAAACUAGAAGAAACAGUUAUGCAUCUCAAAUUGCAAAUCAAUUUAUUGAAUGAUAACAAUGCCAAGCUCAGAUUUGAAAUCUAGCAUCUUCAAAAAUAAUUGAAUAAGCAGGAAAAAGCAUUGCAAAUGAAUAAGAAACUUCACAUUGACUCUAAGAUGCAAACACAGUAGAGUGAUUACACUAAAGCAUUUAAUGAGGAAAUAUUUAAUAUAUCUUCAUAGACUUGUUAGAUUAUCGCUUAUUCUAAAUAAAUAAAAGAAUUAGAAAAUACUGUUUAACAAAAGAAUCAAUAAAUUGAAGACCUCAAAAGAGACACCAGAAAAACUAGAUAUACUGAAUUGCAAGUAUUACCAUCCAUUUCAUUAUAGAUUCAAUACGAUGUUAUUUAAAAAGAAUAUGAAGAAUUACUGAAAAAGUAUUAAGCCUAAAGACAUAUCAGUUAAUUUGCUAACAAUGAUGAAUUAAACAAAGAUAAUAUUUAUCUAUCUAAGUAACUUUAUGAUAACUAGUAACUAAUACAAUAGUUGAAUGCAAAAAUUAAGAAACUUGAAACUGAAUUACACUAAAGUAAUUUUAGGCGAUAAUAAAUUGAAAGGCUUAUUUAAGAAAAAGAUAAGGAAUUAAGCUUAACUCAUUUUGAAUAUAGCAAUCCCAAGAAAACCAUUGCUGAUCUUAAUAAAUAAUGGUAGUAAAAAUUAGAUUUACAAUAAAUGUCAUAUUAGAGAUAGGAAUAAUUGUUAAUUUAUAAAUAAGAGUAGAUAGCUGAACUAGAGAAGAAAAUAACCGAUUUAGAGUAAUAAUUGUAAUAGAAAGACUUCUAUCAUAAAAAGGAUAUCGAUAAUUUGCAUUUGGUUAUAGCUACUUUGAAGGAUUAAAUAUUUUAAUUGGAGAAUGAAGACAAAAGGAAGUCUUUACCUGUAAUUGAUUAACCUAAUGAGUCAUCCGAUAGAAAUAAAAAGCAUGCCUCAGUAAUCAUAAAUAAGAAAAGGAUUUAGAAAGUUAACUUUCAUGAAAUCUCUUUAAUGUUAUUGGAAUUAUAAAUGAAAUUAAAAUUGAAUGAAAUUCCUUUUAAUAGAUUAGAUCAAUUUAUCUACUCAAAAUCUGUAAAAGGAUGUUUGACAUUGUCAGAUUUAAUUGAAACUUUUAAAUAAUAGCCAUUUGAAUUAAAUGAUGAAUAGGCUACUUUAAUAGCUAGAUUUAUUAUAGAACCAGAAUAAGAAGAGUGGAUCUAUUACGAUGUAAAUUGUUCAAAUGAUAUUGUCAUUGCAAUUAGUAUAUUUAAAAAUCUCAUAAAACCAUAUGAAUUAAUUUCAGGUGAAGAGCACAAAGUAUUAGAUGCAUAACUAUGCUAAGUGAUGAAAUAAUACUAAAAUAAAAUUGUGUCAUAUUUGCAAUUGCAGGGAGAUCAUUGCAAUAUUUAAGAGUUUAGGAAAGCUCUUGAUUAUAACGAUGUCAACUUAUCUCCAAAAUUAGACGAUCUCUUAAUGAUGAAGAUCUAUGAGCAGUUCAGAUAACUAAGCAAAUUUAAAUACUCUAUUAUAUUUGAUAUAUUAAAAUGA